AUGGCCGUCAAUACCUCCUCCAGCAGCCAGAUCACUCUCGAGGCCUGGUUCCCACGCGAAUACAAUGGUCGAUUUUUGAGUACCGGUAAUGGUGGAUUAUCUGGCUGUAAGUAUUUGGUUACAAUCUCACGGUGGACAUACACUGAUUCUAAAACUCGACCAGGUAUUCAAUAUUAUGAUCUUGCUUACACUGCCGGCUUCGGUUUUGCUACUGUCGGCGCGAACAAUGGUCACAACGGAACUUCUGGCAAGCCCUUUUAUCACCAUCCAGAGGUUCUGAAGGAUUUUGCCUACCGAUCCAUCCACACUGGAGUUGUGAUUGGAAAGGAACUCACGAAUAUGUUCUACGACGAGGGAUUCAAUAAGAGCUAUUACCUUGGAUGCUCCACUGGUGGCAGACAAGGGUGGAAAUCAGUCCAAAAAUACCCCAAUGACUUCGAUGGUGUUGUUGCAGGUUCUCCCGCUCUCAACUUUGCCAACUUGAUUUCUUGGAGUGCUCACUUCUACGAUCUCACGGGUCCCCCAACCUCCGAUAAAUUCCUCACCGCUGCUGAAUGGAGUCUUGUUCAUGACGAGAUCCUGCGUCAGUGCGACACCAUUGAUGGUGCCAAAGAUGAUAUCAUCGAGGACCCCGAUCUUUGCCUCCCUAUCAUUGAGACCUUGAUGUGCACUCCCAACGCAAAGAAUACCACCAACUGUCUGAGCAGUGCUCAAGUCCAAACUGUCCAACAGGUUCUGUCGCCUUUGAACGGCGUGAAUGGUAGCACACUUUACAGGAGAAUGCAACCAGGAUCCGAGAACUACGCUGCAGAAAUCAUGUAUACCGGUUCACCUUUCCCAUACAGUCUGGACUGGUUCCGAUAUGUGGUGUACAAUGACCCAUCCUGGGACGGUAACCUGACGGUCCAAGACGCUGAGGCUGCGUUAGCUCAGAACCCUUACAACAUUCAGACCUGGGACGGCGAUCUGACACCAUUCCGCAAGACCGGAGGUAAAGUUCUUCACUACCACGGAAUGAUGGAUCAACUCAUCAGCUCCGAGGAUUCAAAAUGGUACUAUUCGCAUGUCGCUGAAACCAUGGAACUCCCACCUCAAGACCUGGACGAGUUCUACCGUUUCUUCACAGUCAGCGGCAUGGCGCAUUGUGGUGAUGGAAAUGGUGCUUAUGGUAUUGGCCAAGGCUCAAGCACGUAUGCCAGCAGUGACCCUGACAGCAACGUGCUCAUGGCUAUGGUGAAGUGGGUUGAGGAGGGUAUCCCACCGGAGACUAUUCGUGGAGCCAAAUUCGAAGACGGUGCAGGAACUCCAGUUGAGUACUGGCGCAAGCAUUGUAAAUGGCCCAAACGAAAUGUGUUCAAGGGCCCUGGAAACUACACAGAUGAGAAUUCAUGGGAAUGUGUCUAA